GCAUUGUUUACCUUUUAUUUGCACACUCUGGUCACAUUGUUUAUUUAUUUAUUUGCAGUGUUUAAUGAAAUAGGAAAUUAGCUUAAUUUUAUAAGUUUCAUAAGUCCAAAACCCACAAAUAACCAUGCCCAAAGUUGUGUCGCGCAGUAUCGUCUGCUCCGAUACCAAGGAUCAGGAGGAGUACAACGAGGAAAAGCCGCUAAACAUUUACUACUGUCUGUGCAACAAGAUGGCUCUGAUUCUGGACUGCACCCUCGAGCAGUUGCCGCUGCGAGAGGUGGACAACGCCCGUGUGAUAAACGCCAAUGACCAUGCCAACAAACUCACCUACAAUCCCACACCAAGAAUGGUCUACAUCAAGCGCAAGAGCAGGGGCAAUGGGAUUGAGAAGCAGUACCGCUACAAGUGCCGAAGCUGUACUCUGCCACUCUACUAUCGCCACAGUCCCGACUCCCACGUAACCUUCGUCAUGUCCAAUGCCCUGAUCCGCAACAAGGGCGAGAGUCCACUCACACAGCUUCUGAACUCGGAGACCAAGGGCAGUUUCAAGGUACCGGCUGCCAAGCCAGCGACUCCCGCCGGUCCAGACGAUUCGGGCAUUGUGGAUGCCAGUGGCAAGAAGGUCGUGGUCACCAGGCACACGAAGAACAUGGGCAAGUUCAGCUCGGUCACGGUGUCCACCAUCGACGAGGAGGAGGACGAAAUCGAGGCGCGCGAGAUCGCGGACAGCUAUGCGAACAACGCAAGGAUCAUCGAGAAGCAGUUGCAGCGCAAAGGCGGAAAACUGAGCGAUGUGGGCAUCAAAACGAAGACGGAGGACGCACCUCCGCCGCAGAAGAAGCAGCGCGGCACGCUGCUGGAAAGAUAGUCAGACUUUACCUCCUUAUAACCCACAACUAAAUAUAUUUGACGACACAAA